UCAAUUGUUACAUACAUGUCAUCUAAAGUAAAAAUGAUGGUUAUUUCAAAAUAUUUGUGUUAUGCACAAGGCAAUAAAAUGCUUAACUGCAUUAAAAAAGGAUGUAAUUAUAUUUCAAAUAAUUACUACAAAUAUUUCGGGACCUGUAAAGGUACUUCUAAAAAAGAGGUUUCAAAUAAGUAUUCAGAACAAAUAGAAUCUUGUUACACAAGUAAUGGCAUGCGGCUUGUAUGUGAGUACAGAGAUUCUUUCACCACUACUCUAGGAUGUUUAGUUCCAGCUGGUGCAAUGCAUGAAAUGCCCAAAGAACGGGGCAGUGCUAUAUUCUUAGAACACUUACUUUUAAGGAGAACAGAAUGUCAUAAUCAAGAACAACUAGAAAUGUUAUUAGGAGAGAUCGGUGGAAAAAUUUCUACUAUUGCUUUGCGAGAUAUGUUUAUUAUUUAUGGAACAGUAGCACCUUGUGAAGUAGAUAAACUUGUUCACAUAUUUGCAGACAUAAUUUUUAACAGUAUUAUAUGCGAUGAAGAUGUUGAACGAGAAAAGUGCGUAAUUCUAUAUGAACUUUCUAAAAUGGAAUCAGAGAAAGAGAAAGUUAUCAUGGAUUAUUUACCUACCAUUGCAUAUCAAGAUACUGCUCUUGCUAAUAGCGUAUAUCCUGAAACCAAUGUAAUAAAAAAAUUCUGUUCAGAAACCCUUGUUGAAUUUCAAAAGCGUACAUUUAAAACUCAUUUAAUGACAAUGAUUUGUACUGGAUCAAUUUGUUUAGAAGAAUUACAAAGAAUUGUUUACAAAUAUUUUGAUGCAACAGAAGACCAUAGAUCAUCGCUAGAUUGUUCCAAUAACACGCAAUCUUGUACUGAUUCUCUUGAGUAUCGAUUUUCAGGUAGUGAUUUACGAUUAAGAGAUGAUGAUGAUGAACUAGGAUAUGUUGCUAUAGGAGUUGAAGGACCAGGUUCUGAAGAAUGGGAAGAUCAUUUUACUCUUACAGUGGCUAAAGAAUUUGUAGGUUGCUGGGAUACAAGCUCCGGUGGAGCAAAUCAUAAUGCACCUUUAAUUGCACAUUAUUCAUUCAACACAGAUUUGUGUUACCUAUACAAAUCCUUCUUUCACAAGUGGGCACAGUCUACUAGUAUUUGGGGAUGUUAUUUUGUUUGCAGCAAAUUAAAUUUAGAGAAUAUGAUUGAUAUGAUACAAAGAGAAUGGAUGAAAUUAUGCAUAUGCAUUACUGAGAAAGAAGUAGCUCGUGCUGUUAAUCAAUGUAAAAUGAAAGAGUUAAUGAUACAGAAUAAUCCAACUAAUCGUUUCUUUGAUAUAGUUAAGCAUAUCUUUAGGUAUGGAUGUUAUGACCCGAUUCCAAACAGAGUUGCAGAAUAUGAGAAAGUAACUCCAGACAAAGUGAGAGUAGCUGCUGAAAAAUAUAUCUAUGAUCAAAGUCCAGCUGUUGUAGCCAUGGGUCGCAUUGAAAAUUUGCCACCCUAUUAUGUAAUAAGGAAUGGAAUGUUUUUAUUACGAUACUGAAGUUUAUUUGUAAAAAAUUCAAAUAAUAAUACAGUAGUUUCUUUGUUUUA